AGGAGGGGGGUAGAUCUGGGAUGGGGAAUAGGAUAGGGGGGAGGAGGAAGGCGGGGGUGGAGGAGCGGUACACGCGGCCGCAGGGGCUGUACGAGCACAGGGACAUCGACCAGAAGAAGCUGCGCAAGCUGAUCCUGGAGGCCAAGCUCGCGCCCUGCUACAUGGGGGCCGACGACGCCGCCGCCGGGGCCGACCUCGAGGAGUGCCCCAUCUGCUUCCUGUACUACCCAAGUCUUAACCGAUCAAAGUGUUGCUCAAAAGGGAUAUGCACUGAGUGUUUUCUCCAAAUGAAACCAACUCACACUGCCCAGCCUACACAAUGCCCAUUCUGCAAAACCCCUUGUUAUGCUGUGGAGUACCGUGGUGUAAAGACAAAGGAGGAGAGGAGCAUAGAACAAUUUGAAGAGCAAAAAGUCAUAGAAGCACAGAUGAGGAUUCGCCAGCAAGCACUUCAAGAUGAAGAAGAUAAGAUGAAAAGAAAACAGAACAGGUGCUCUUCUAGCAGAACAAUCACACCAACCAAAGAAGUUGAGUAUAGAGAUAUUUGCAGCACAUCCUUUUCAGUUCCAUCAUACCGAUGUGCUGAGCAAGGAACUGAAUGCUGUUCAUCUGAACCUUCAUGCUCUGCCCAGACUAGCAUGCGCCCUUUUCAUUCUAGGCAUAAUCGUGAUGAUAACAUUGACAUGAAUAUAGAGGAUAUGAUGGUUAUGGAAGCAAUUUGGCGUUCCAUUCAGGAGCAGGGAAGCAUAGGGAAUCCUCUCUGUGGCAAUUUUAUGCCUGUAACUGAACCAUCCCUGCGUGAACGCCAGCCAUUCGUUCCAGCUGCUCCUCUAGAAAUUCCUCAUGGUGGUGGAUUUUCCUGUGCCGUUGCUGCAAUGGCUGAGCACCAGCCACCCAGUAUGGAUUUCUCUUACAUGGCUGGCACUAGCGCGUUCCCAGUCUUUGACAUGUUCCGGCGACCAUGCAAUAUUCCUGGUGGGAGCAUGUGUAAUCUGGAGAGUUCACCAGAGAGCUGGAGCGGGAUAGCACCAAGCUGCAGUAGGGAAGUUGUAAGAGAGGAAGGAGAGUGCUCAGCUGACCACUGGUCGGAGGGCGCAGAGGCCGGAACAAGCUACGCCGGCUCAGACAUCAUAGCAGAUGCUGGGACCAUGCCGCAGCUGCCUUUCGCCGAAAACUUUGCCAUGGCUCCAAGCCACUUUCGCCCAGAGAGCAUCGAAGAACAGAUGAUGUUUUCCAUGGCUCUUUCUUUAGCAGAUGGUCAUGGAAGAACACACUCGCAAGGGUUGGCAUGGUUGUAGGUAGCACUCUAAUUUUGACCCCUUGCGCUGAUGUUGUCCUUCUCUUCGCUGCCUCCUCUUUUUGCCACCGCUUCUUGGCCUUUUUGUUCAACCCCUUUUUGCAUGUGUUUUCCCGUCAUGGUUUGACAUAGAUCCAGCUAUAGCUCUCCAUUGUUAUUGCUUAUAUGUAUGUAAAAUGGAAUAUGAGGAAAUAGAAAAAGGAAAAUGGGUCAACAGCUCUUUUGGCAGUA